UAUAUUUACAACAACAUAUCAUACAAAAAAUAUUAAUAAAAGCAUAGAAGUUAAAACCAAAGGAAAAAUAUAGAUUUUUCGAACAAGUGUAACAAAAAAAAAAUUACAAAACAUAAAAAUAAUAUUAAUAAAUAACAAUAGUUUUAAAAACUCACCUAAUAGCAAGCAAUCUGCGCAGCAAAACAAAUAAAAAAAUAAAUAAAAAAAAUAUUCAAAAAAAUUUACUGCGCUUUAUAUAACACAGCAGCUGUGAGAAAAAUUAUUGCAUUUAUUUUCAAACUAAAGUAAAAUUUUUUGCGGCUUUAAUUCGCACACAGAAAGCUUACAACACCAAUUACAACCCAACUAAUUCAACGAAACGCUUAUAAAAGCAAAAAAAAAUAUUUCCAAAGCAAACUCCGCACUUUACAGCAGCUCAUAAAAGUGUGUGUACAUAGCAAUUUGUUUGAGCUUGUUGUAGAUUUACGUGUUUAAGCAAUUAAAGCCAACUUAAAGCCGCACACCACAAGCCACCGCAAGCGUUGUAACCACCACACCGUGCAACUGUGAAAUUGCUUCAUUUUUAAUUUACCAGCUGCCUACGAAAAGUUAAACAAGCGAGCGUGUUAUAUUUUUACAAAAAAAUAAAUAAAUAAGUGUGUGUUAUUUCUGUUGUUUGUGUAAAACUUUUGCACCGCAUGCAUUUUUAAUAGAUUUUUACACUUCAACUGUUGCAAAGUGCAAGCGUGUGGAUUUAACAGAUUUAAUAACGUUUGGUGUUGGUGCAAAUGAUUCGGUUUGCCACAAAAAGAACAACAACAAAGCGAUACAGAAUAUCUAAAACUCGACACUGCCUCUUAUGAAUUAUGUAUAUCCACUAAACUUUUUGCAACGAAAAUAGCGAGAUAUUAAAUAACAAAAGGCUAAACACUGUAACCCUGUACUGUGAAACAAAAAAAAAUAUCUAUCCAAUUCUAAAAAUAUAAGCUACACUUUAAACUGAAACCCACUCGAAAAAUAUUACAAAAAAAAAACAAAUAAAAAUGCUUACUACUACAAGCCACACAACAGCAACUACAACUCUAAGCACACUAAGUAGUAGAAAUUCAAAGUCUCAUCACCACCACCUCCAUCAACACAGCUCACACCCGCGCAACAACACUAAUACCCGCAAAAUGUUCUCCCAACAGUGCCUUUCUUCCCGCAACUACAACUAUCAACUACUACAAAUCGCUCUACUGUGCACAGUGGCGCUACAGUUCGUGCCGUUGGCGUACAGCUUCGAUGUUGCUACAUGUCAUCAACCACUGGGCAUGGAGUCCGGUGCAAUUACAGAUGCUCAAAUCACUGCCAGCUCGGCGCAUGAUACUGGCUUCGUUGGGCCGCAACAUGCAAGACUGAAAACCGAUAAUAAUGGCGGCGCUUGGUGCCCCAAACAUAUGGUCUCGAAUGCGUUGAAAGAUUACCUGCAGGUCGACUUGCUACAAACGCAUGUCAUUACGGCGAUACGUACGCAGGGUCGCUAUGGCAAGGGUCAAGGUCAGGAGUAUACGGAAGCCUAUGUGCUGGAGUAUUGGCGACCGGGUUUCACCAAAUGGCAACGCUGGAAGAAUACGCAAGGAAAGGAGAUCCUGUCCGGCAACAUCAACACAUACAGUGAGGUGGAGAACUUAUUGCAACCGAUAAUUUUUGCGUCGAAAAUUCGUAUUUAUCCUUAUGGACAAUACGAUCGAACGGUGUGUCUACGUGCCGAAAUUGUCGGUUGUCCGUGGGAAGAGGGUAUCGUAUCGUAUAGCAUACCGAAAGGCGUACAACGUGGCAUGGAAGUCGAUCUGUCAGACAAGACUUAUGAUGGUUAUGAGCAAGGUGAUCGCUUUGUUGAUGGAUUGGGCCAACUGGUGGAUGGUCAAAAGGGCAAGGAUAAUUUUCGCACUGAUAUACAUGGAUUUGGCAAAGGCUACGAAUGGAUCGGCUGGCGCAAUGAUACACCCGAUUUGAAUGGCAAACCAGUUGAAAUCAUUUUCGAAUUUGACACCGUGCGAAAUUUCAGUGCGAUAAUAUUGCAUACAAAUAAUAUGUUCACCAAGGAUGUGCAGGUGUUCGUGCGUGCUAAGGUCUUCUUUAGUAUUGGUGGACGACACUUCUCUGGCGAACCGGUGCAAUUCUCUUAUAUGCCAGACACCGUAAUGGAUCACGCGCGCGAUGUCACUAUCAAAUUACAUCAUCGCGUUGGUAGAUAUUUGAAAAUCAAUUUAUAUUUUGCUGUGAAAUGGAUUAUGCUGUCGGAAAUUUCAUUUAUAUCGGUACCGGCCGUGGGAAAUUUCACAGAUGAGUCCGAGCAACGUGCCACGCUGCCACAGGACACACGCGAAUAUCCAUUACAAAGUAAUGACUAUCAUCAUGGCCAGAAGAACGGCCUGGGCAAGAUGGGCACCAUGAAUGGCGGCGGCGGCAGCGGCAUGAAUGAUGGCAGCAUGGGUGCAGCGGCAGGCGCUGGCCUCGGCUACAACAAUGGACCGCAAUUAAUUGCCCCACGUCCCAUCGAUCAGGAACCAUCGGAGAAAUUCUCAAUUGGUAUUGUUAUUGUUAUUCUAACGGUGAUAAUUAUUUUCCUCGUUGGCGCCAUAUUCUGCAUUGUAACGCGUACGAAGCGUGCACGCGGCAGCAAUGUCCUGGACGCAUUCCAAUAUAGCUUCAAUCCGAAUACGCUGGGCGGCAAUGUGGAUAAACAUCGACCCAAUGGCGGUGGCAUUAAGGCCAGCGUCGAUGAUAAUGACUCGAUUGGCAAGAAUAGUCUCUAUCAUGAACCUUUCAAUGUGAAUAUGUACACCAGCGGCGUUAACGGAUACGCGGCCGUAAAUGAUUUGCAAUGCAAUAUGACGCCCGACUAUACAGAUGUACCCGAAGGCGGCUACGCCGUGCCACACAUGCAGGAUUACAUGCCCGCCACAAAGAUGUCUAUGGCUGGCGGCGGUAUUGUCGGCGGUUAUGUGAAUGUGCGACGCACACCACCACCGCCGUUGAGCGCGAUUUUCCCCCGACCACCGUCCGUGCCGCCGCCACCGAUGGAGAAGUACUACGCCACCACAGCGAUAUUCAAGCCAAUCAAGGGACCCUCAGGCGGCAGCAACUGCGGCACAGUGGGCAGCAAUAGUGGCGGUGGCAGCAGCACACACAAAUCCGGCAGCAGUGUGGGCAAGUGUGGCAGCAAUAGCGGCAUCAGCAGCAGUAGUGAACACAAUAACUACGAUGACGGCAUGGGCACCAUGAAUUCACAAUCAACAGCGCCGAUGUUGAAUGCCUACAAUGGUGGCGGCGGCAGCGGCGGCGGUAACGGUGGAGUAGGUGUUGGUAUUGACUCAAUGCAAUUCCAGCGCGCUAGAACCUAUAACUUCCGCAGUUAUCCAGACAAUCUUUAGUUUGAA